AUGGCUUCAUCAUCACUCAUACUGGACAACACGAAUCCUGACAAUACUACCAAAAUCCCAACCCCCACCGUGGCAGAUCUCAAAGACUCGUCAGCCUUUCCUAACCUCUGGUAUCGAAUACACGUUUUAAUCACCGCCCUCAAGAGCUUUGACAAACCCGCUUCCAAUAAACGGCUCGAGAAGAUCAUUGACCCUUGCUUCAUCGGCGAACCGUACUUCGCUCCGAAAGAAGCAGAUACAAUCAAGAAGACUAUCAUCAACGGCAAGGAGUUCUCAUGCUUCGUCGAAGAGGAACUGAGUAAGCGUUUCGAUCGACGCAACAAAGAACGUGUCGAAAGUGGCAAUUUUCGCAUUUGUGCUGCUCACGAUCUUGCUCCUAUAAUGCCACAGGCAUUGGGCAUCGACUUGAAGCAGUUAGAGAAGGAUAAAAGGUUUUCAAAUCUGGUUGGGGAAAAGGGACUACACCUGAGAGCAGAAAGCUGGGGUGGGUUAAGGAAGAAGUCAUUUUCUCCCAAGAAAAAGAAGCAUUGA